AUGCCUCUAUUUGGCGGUGAUCCACGUCUACUUGCUAUAGAGGUUAUUCUCCAGUUUAAUAGAUGGUAUGAUGUUUUAUGUGUGCCAAUCCUUAUUUUCCAUCAAAUGAACAUGCUUUCAUAUAUGGACGGAACCGUUGUUGGAUUUAUACAAAUAUUCUUCGAAGUAGCUAGAGUUUUGUUUAUAUCAAGUUAUAAGAAAGCAAAUAUUCCAAAUUUCAUUCUCUUUCUUAUUAUCACGUUACCAUUCGUUCUUGCCUUCGACUUUGUUUGGAUGUUUGCGAUAAAACGUGUAGGUCCACUUAUUCAAUCAAUACUUAUCGGUUAUAUUAUUCAGCAUUUACUUGAAAUUAUAUUAGGUUUAGCCUUCUCAUAUAAAUUUCACAAAUAUCAAAACGGAUUUUAUCAAUUCUCGCGCGUACGACUUGCUAUUAACGAUAAUCUUAACGAUGAUAAGCAAUCUGAAAAAACAUAG